AUGGCUGGCCUCCUGCGUCGUCACGAGCACGAACCGCCCAUUGGUGAGCUUCCUGUGCCUCACGGACCUGCCUUUGGCAACGAGUACGAGGAAUACCCCCAAGAUACACAUGUUCCCCCUGCCACGGACUACGAGAAGGACAUCUUCAAGCACAUCACUCAGCCCGAUGAUUCGUAUACUUCCGAAGGCGUUUACUGGGCCGACCUGCCCUUCUGGAAGCGAUGGAGCUUUGUCAAUUCGGUCGACAAGGCCGAGGCCAAGGACGAGCUCAGCACCAUCUGGUCCAUGAUGAAGAAGGACCCUCUGAGCCCUAUCGGCUGGUACUGGAGGCACGCCAUUCUGCCCGGUGCUGGUCUCGGUCUCGAGGGUUACGUCCUGUUCUCCAUUGGUAACCUUGAGCCGCUGUUCAAGUCUGUCUGGCCUCAGUGCUGGGGUAGCAGCCCCACUGAGUGCAGUCACAACUGGGUGUCUUCCAUUACUUAUCUCGAGGUUAUCGGUAUCAUGGUUGGUCAAGUCGGCGUCGGUAUUAUCGGUGAUUGGGUCGGACGACGAUGGGGUCUUAUUCAAGAUGCCUUCAUCAUGUUCCUUGGCCUGUGCAUCCUGACUGGUUCCUGGGGUGUCACCCUCAAUGGCUGGAUUAUUUGCUACGCCUGGGCUUUGUUCUUCUACGGAUUUGGUGUCGGUGGAGAAUACCCCAUUACCGCCACAUCCUCAAUGGAAAAUGCCGUCUCUGCUGGAAAACUCUCGACUCGCGACGAUCGUCUGCACCGUGGCCGCAAGGUCACCAUGGCCUUCAUGAUGCAGGGUUGGGGUCAGUUUGUCAACCAGGUCAUCCUCAUUGUCCUCAUGUUCAUCUUCAACCGCGGCUACGGCAACCCGCCCUACAGCGAGACUGCCACUCAGUGGGUCUUCCGUCUGUCCUUUGCCUUUCCCGCCUUGGGAACACUGUGGCUUGUCUAUUACCGUACCUGGAAGAUGCCUUCUGCCGGCAAGAAGCUUGAUCAGGCCAAGAAGAAGGCCAAUGUUACCGGCUACGAUGUCAAGUCGAUGAAGCUGACCUUCAAGAACUUUGGCGGUCGCAUCUUUGCUACUGCUCUGGGCUGGUUCUGCAACGACGUUUUCUUCUACGGCAACAAGUUGUUCCAGGGACAAUUCAUCAACAUUGUCUCCAACAACCCUUCUUCGGUCAUGACUACUUGGACCUGGAACUUGGUCAACUGCGUUGUUUCGCUCUGUGGUUACUACGCCGCAUCUCUUCUGAUUGACAACAAGAUGUACGGACGCAAGAUGAUGCAGCAGGUCGGAUUCUUCAUGUGCUUCAUCAUGUUUGUGAUUCCUGCUUUCAAGUACGAGUACUACACCAGCUCCGCUGGAGUCCACUCUUUCCAGGCCAUGUACUUUUUGUCGUCCUUCUUCAACCAAUUCGGUCCCAACGCCGUCACUUUCCUGGUUGCCGGUGAGGUCUUCCCCACCCAGAUCCGCGCCAGUGCCCACGGUUUCUCUGCCUGUAUCGGAAAGUCUGGAGCUCUGCUCGCCUCUGUCCUGUACAACUACAUCGACAACCAGACCAAGUUCUACGUUGUUCCCUGGUUUGGUCUCGCCGGUAUGCUCGUCACCUGGAUCUGGCUUCCUGACACUACUGGCCUCGACCUGAAGGAGCAGGAGCGCCGCUGGCAAUACAUUCUCAACGACCGCUCUGACGAAUACCACGGCAUCGCCAUCCACCCCCAGCACUUGUCCAUGUGGGAGCGUUGGUUGGGCGUCGGCAAGCCCUACCACCCCGACACCGACCUCAAGGCCAAGAUUCGUGACAUCAAGUCCGACUGGGAGGAGAAGCAGGCUGCCAAGGAGGAUCCCGAGCAGGCUCACAUGGUCGACGAGGAUGAGGAUUACACCGAUGAGAUUCACAGUUACUUCCGUGGCGAGACCCCGCCAGCCAACCGCGGCCUGAAGAACUUUAACAAGGAAAAGGGAGAAGGAAAGCCUGAGCCUCCCACGAAAACAAUUCCCGACUCGCACGAGAUCUCGGAAAAGACGGCAGACUCUGGGGCUUCGUCGACUUCCUAG